AUGAAGAACCUCCGCAACGUGGUGAAGCGCCGCACCCAUCUGGAGCGGCACCAGCCGAAAGCGCGACAAAAGCUCGGGCUGUUGGAGAAGAAGAAGGAUUACUUGCAGCGUGCGAGAGAUUAUCAUAAGAAACGCGACUAUGUGGCCACUCUCCAGGAGAAGGUGCGCCAGAAGAACCCGGACGAAUUCUCGCACAAGAUGCUCCGCGCGAAACAGGACGAGAAAACGGGAAAAUUCAAAAAGCUGCUGUCUAAAGCGAGCUUGAUCGGAAACGGGCGAAAAGUGGAGAAGUUGUUGGUUCACGAAAGCACAAGUAAGAAUAGUAGAACAUCAGCGGAAAAAUUAUCGAAGGAGCAGCAGAUCCGGGCGAUGCACUUUGACCACCUGUCAAAGGAGCAGCAAUUCAUCGCGGAAACAACGGACAGAAACUACGUCGCGACGCGGUUGCAGAUGGACAAGAAGCAGGUCGAAAAGCGCAGAGAGAACCUACACAUGAUCGGGCUCAAGGACCCGAAUCAGAAACACGUUACAUUCUCGGACGAGGAGGGAGAAGAUGAUCGUUUUGCUGGCAGCAAGAAAAACAGAAAUACUGCUCCAGGAGGGAACAAGCGGACGGAGAAGAAGCCAAAGUCCGUCAAUCAUGCCCAGGAAUUACAGGAUGAGCACUACGGUUCGGAAGUGCGAAAACAGGUGAAUGCCAAGGACUCCGCUGUCGGGCAGGCGCGGCACGAGAGCUAUCGGCAAUUGCUGCACUACAGUACCCGGGCGGAGAAACUCAGUGGUGUUUUGUCUGCGAUGGAGAACCGGAAGCAGGCACAGGAGAAGGGCAAAAAGCAGCCAGUUAAGGAUAUCGACGGAAAGGUCGUGCAAUACAAAUUCGCGAUGAAACGGGCAAGGUGAAGAAGAUUUCAUGUUGAAGCUACCCGGUUCUUGUCGACGGAUUAAUAUGUAGUUGUAGUCCUUUAGGGCUCAUUGCCACCUGUCAAUUGUCCUCUCCCGGCAGAUGGAAAGGCCGGUUUGCAGUCAUACGAAAUCAUGCGCAAGCAUCAUCAUGCCCGUCCCCGUGAUGUGCAUUGAUGAGAUUCAGAUUUCAACAAUGAAG